AUGGACUGAAACUUGUACAGAGGACACCAAAAACAACAAUCCAUACUACAUGUGAUCGGGCUAUGCAUUCAUCAGAUUUGAUCAACUUUCAAUAAAGACGCAAGACACACUGGAACGCACUUUUUUAUUUUCCUUUGCAAAAAGCUCAACUUCGUGGUGUUGGAUUAGAUGUCACUUUGUUACGAUAAGGAGCGACGCACAACCAAGAGAGGAAAUUUAACCGGGUAAAGUGAGUUUCAAAAAGAGAGAAACAACAAAAAAGUUGCAUUGCCUGGUGUCCACUCAUCGUCAUGUCGAGGUAUAACUUCUUACUGUGCUUGAUGGUGCUCAUCUCCUUGGGACAGUCGGGGAGCGAUGAGCCCAAUCUGCUGCUGCCUCCCGCCAGCGAGACGCCCACGGAUGCCGGCCUAUCGCUCCUGGAUGAGGACGCCGGUUCCCACGAGUGCUCCGCCUGCGUUUGGAGGGAACAAAGCAAAGUGCUGAGGCUGGAGACCAUCAAGUCGCAGAUCUUGAGCAAGCUGCGUCUGAAGCAGGCGCCUAACAUCAGCCGGGAAGUGGUCAACCAGCUGCUGCCCAAGGCGCCUCCGCUCCAGCAGCUGUUGGACCAUCACGACUUCCAAGGAGACGCGUCCUCCCAGGAUGAGUUUAUGGAGGAGGAUGAGUACCACGCCACCACAGAGUCCGUCAUCACCAUGGCUUCUGAGCUCGGGGAGCGAUGAGCCCAAUCUGCUGCUGCCUCCCGCCAGCGAGACGCCCACGGAUGCCGGCCUAUCGCUCCUGGAUGAGGACGCCGGUUCCCACGAGUGCUCCGCCUGCGUUUGGAGGGAACAAAGCAAAGUGCUGAGGCUGGAGACCAUCAAGUCGCAGAUCUUGAGCAAGCUGCGUCUGAAGCAGGCGCCUAACAUCAGCCGGGAAGUGGUCAACCAGCUGCUGCCCAAGGCGCCUCCGCUCCAGCAGCUGUUGGACCAUCACGACUUCCAAGGAGACGCGUCCUCCCAGGAUGAGUUUAUGGAGGAGGAUGAGUACCACGCCACCACAGAGUCCGUCAUCACCAUGGCUUCUGAGCUCGGGGAGCGAUGAGCCCAAUCUGCUGCUGCCUCCCGCCAGCGAGACGCCCACGGAUGCCGGCCUAUCGCUCCUGGAUGAGGACGCCGGUUCCCACGAGUGCUCCGCCUGCGUUUGGAGGGAACAAAGCAAAGUGCUGAGGCUGGAGACCAUCAAGUCGCAGAUCUUGAGCAAGCUGCGUCUGAAGCAGGCGCCUAACAUCAGCCGGGAAGUGGUCAACCAGCUGCUGCCCAAGGCGCCUCCGCUCCAGCAGCUGUUGGACCAUCACGACUUCCAAGGAGACGCGUCCUCCCAGGAUGAGUUUAUGGAGGAGGAUGAGUACCACGCCACCACAGAGUCCGUCAUCACCAUGGCUUCUGAGCCGGAGCCACUUGUGCAGGUGAACGGCAAACCGAGCUGCUGUUUCUUCAAGUUCAGCCCCAAACUCAUGUUCACCAAGGUGCUGAAGGCCCAGCUGUGGGUGUACCUGCGACCACUGCAGCAGACCUCCACAGUCUACCUGCAGAUUCUGCGGCUCAAGCCUGUCACAGAGCAGGGCAGUCGCCACAUCCGCAUCCGCUCCCUAAAGAUCGAACUCAACUCCAGGGUGGGCCACUGGCAAAGUAUUGACUUCAAGCACGUGUUGCAAAACUGGUUCAAACAGCCUCACACCAACUGGGGAAUCGACAUCAACGCCUUUGAUGAGAGUGGCAAUGACCUGGCCGUUACCUCACUGCGACCCGGGGAGGAGGGGCUGCAGCCGUUCCUGGAAGUGAAGGUUCUGGAGACGACCAAACGUUCUCGAAGAAACCUGGGCCUGGACUGCGACGAGCACUCCACCGAGUCUCGCUGUUGUCGCUACCCUCUGACGGUGGACUUCGAGGCCUUUGGCUGGGACUGGAUCAUCGCGCCCAAGCGCUACAAAGCCAACUACUGCUCGGGCCAGUGCGAGUACAUGUUCAUGCAGAAGUACCCGCACACUCACUUGGUGCAGCACGCCAACCCCAGGGGCUCGGCAGGGCCCUGCUGCACCCCAACCAAGAUGUCGCCCAUUAACAUGCUCUACUUUAACGAUAAGCAGCAGAUCAUCCACGGCAAGAUUCCCGGCAUGGUGGUGGAUCGAUGUGGUUGCUCUUAGGCUGAGGGGAUGACAAACGCUUGUGCACGUUCACCUUUCCAUCAAAACACACAAAACACAAAUGGAGCACUCCCCUGGCACCAGAACCCAUUGCUUGGCACCAGAUUUCACACACACAAAACACAGACAUUCAAUUGAUUCUAACUUGUAAAAGUUCAAUCAUAACAAGGGACUGAGUGAUGGAAAUGAAGUGAACGUGUGGAGUGGCAAAAGUAUGUUUUUUAAUGGCGUCUUUGUGAAAUGUCCAUGUCAGUGAAUGGAGAUAACAGGAGGCAUUUUCAAGCGUUGUCCGUCCUGAAGGGGUUAAAGACAUUUUGGACACUGCUUUAUUUCACAAACACUCUUACUUACAGGUGAGCCACAAAAUAAAACCAGGUGCACAACUCUUCGAGCAAAAUCCACAAAUAACUGAUAGAAAUACAUUUAAAUGUUGUUUACAGGUGUCUUCACAUGGAAAGCGGCGCAGAGAUCCAAAAAGCAAACCCUUAAUGUAUAACGCCUCAGUGUGACAUUCCCGCGUAUCUACAGACCGUUUUCACUGCCGCUUUGAUCUCUUUCAUUUGGAGUCUUGUAAAAACUCCAAAAAAAAAAAAGAAGUGCAGAAGGGACAGUAGAAAUCAUUCUAUUCCAACUGCAAAAUAACCAACAGACAGCACAGAUAUUUGUGCAAAAGUAGCUGCUGUGCUUCACAUGUACAGUUAAGCCCACAGCGAUUUCAUAUCCUGGACAAAUUAUGACUCCAUGUGAAUUUUUAAUUGUUGCAUGGGCAUCUUUUAGCUGGAAAGAAAGUGGAAAAGACUUUUUAACCCUCUGGCUUCUAUCAUGGCCUUUUGAGUCCACUCUACGCUUGAAAAUUUUAAUUUUUAACGUUUUCUAUUGGAUUAUUAUCACUAUUAUUUAGCCACGUUUGGUCAAGGGAUAUUACAAAAAGUAAUAUUCCUAGCUAGGCUGACAUGAAACUGAUUUUAAUAAUACAUAAAUUAUACAUGAAAUAAAAUAAUACGUAGAAUAUAUGUAGCUUAUAAAAAACAGCGUUUUAAUUUUUGAGGUUGAUUUCCAUAAAGUGCAUUGAGCAAACAAACUGGCAAAAAGGCUUACAAAAUUAAAGAUCAUUUAAUAUUUACGACAAGAAGUGAUUUCACGUAAACUGAAGGAAAGGUAGCAAAAAGGCAUAACAAAUCUUCUUCGCCUGCAAUGUUCACAAACACGCUGUUGAUGGUAAAACUGAACAAAGCCAGAGUGUUAAAUACUAAAAAUAGUAACCUUUUUUAAAAUGAAAUAAAAUGUUUUUUACAGUGUUUUGCCACUUUUUUGUCAUUUCCAGCUAAAAAUUAAUUGUCAUGUAAAAAAAAAAAAAAAUCACUAAUCCUUUAAAUUUAGCUUAUUUAUGAAUAAUUUGCGGCCGAACUGUACAUUGGGAAGCUGAGCGGUAAUCAAAACAAAGUAAACCGUUUUCAGUAAUGUUAGUACAAGUAAUUAGAUGUUCAAUAACACACCUGAUGUAAAUAAAGGAAAAAAAUCCCCAUGCACAAGCGUAUAAGAAGUUAAUGGCUGACUCUACUAUCACAUGACUGCUCAUGUUCAUAUUUCAGUUCGUUUACCUUUCGUGGCCCAGUUGAGACAGACUCAUGGCUUCCAAUGCAAAAGAGCUUUGCUUUCCACGCCACUAACUGUCAUUGCGGAUCCAUAUUUGACUGCCUUUUGGAAUAAAUCACUGAUCCACCUCAUCCUAAAGACUUUAUAUUGUCAGUGCUUGAUUACAGUAGCGAUUAGUAUGCUCGAAGUGUGUCUUUGUCUCCGGGAUGUCCUAGCAGAGAUAUCCAUUUGUUGUAAACGAAAGCACUAUGCUGUUGGAUAAAGGAAGAGCCUUCUGACAUUAUUAUAUAUAAAUGAUAUAUGUAUAUAUUCAAAGAAAAAAGGAGUACAAACACCUUUUUUGGGGGGGGCACUCUACCUUACCAACAAUAAAUUUUGCACUAUGGCAUGAGGAGGUAAAGUGUUAUUUGUGUUUGACCAAGCACAAGAGAGCUUGUACAGUGUAGCCGAAACGAUUCCAGCGUCUGCUGAUGAAACCAUACACACCAACAAGGAAGGUUAUCAAGCGUUUCUUGAAGCCAUCACACUUUUCCUGACUUUUGUCCGAAGCGGGGGCCUGUCCACACAUACCUGUACAUUCUAUCCAAUCUGGAAGCGGCCUGAAAGGCCUCCACUCCAAACCCUUGGGCCACAAGUCAUGUGUGUCAUUAAUGUCUGCAUCAACGAAGACAGAAUGCUUUAACUGGAAAUGGCCCACCCACCGAUACUUUAAUCUGCUACAAAGUUAGAGAGACUUCGUCCACGUGUUGAAUGUCUUGCUUUUAGACAUGAUUUGCCUUUGUGUGUAUUUUAAGGGACAGCGCCCAUGCAAGAAUGGGAGGAGUAUCCAGGGAUUGUUAGCCAAAGUAGAGGACGACAUGUUGUGUGCUGUAACUUGUGUUGUUAUCGCAGGAAUAUGCUAGAAAAUUUCAAAGGGAGGAAAACGAUGUUAGGGGCAGUGGUUCGGGAAGGAUUCAACUGGUCAAUUGUCUAUAUUUAUUAAUAUUAAUUACAAAGUCUGUCUACCUCACUAAGCUAGCUUUUAAAAAACUGAUUCAAAUGUGCAAAUGUACCCCGUAAGAACCCCCCAUGAGCCCUCCUCCACACCCCCAAAAAGAUAGUAGCAAACCACAGGGUCCCCGUACUCUCAGGUUGGGAUGGAGUUGACGUUGACGGAAUGACUGAUGGUAGCGGCUCUGCUCAUGUGCGGUCAAAAGAUGUAAUUAUUAGCUGUGCCCGCCAUGGCUUGACUAUUGUUAAAGCCAUUUUGAAAUUUAGUCUUUGUAUACUGGUAUGUGUGAGAGUGUUUUCAUAUAAAUAUAUGAGAGUAAAAAAAAUGUCUCUAUGUAAAUAACAAAACCCAAAUGUUGACAUUUAUGAUGUUUUGGACAGGUUCACCGCUUCUAAUGUUUUUCCAUUCCUUCGUUCUUUGUGUAGUUUUAAAGAAAUCACCCCAACUUUGUAGUUUAAUGGUUGUGCAUAUGAAUAACUAUUCAAUUGUUUGUUUGUUUUUGCCUUUGUUGUGUAUUAUAAUUUUCCUUUUGUACAAUAAAUCAUUUAUUUAGCUUA